AUGAUAACUUAAGACAAAUUAAAUUUCCUCAACACACUUCUUGAUUAAGAACUUUAACAAUUAUCUAAAAGUAGUGAUUUACGAGAUUUGCAUAAUAAGAUUUAAUCCCUUGAAUCCCACAUUCAACGAAAUAUAGACAAACAACUUGGUUCAUAAUAAUCAAUUAUUGAAAGGGCAUUUCCAACUUUAGGUGUGAAAGAUUCAGAUGAUGAUUUCACUCCAUUCAAGUAAACACAAAGGAAAUCUACUCCAGUCAAAGCUAAUUCCUCAAAACAUAAAAAAUAAUCAAUUGAACAAAAAAAAAGUCUUAAGAAAACAUCCCAAGAAAAAAUAAAUGCCAAAGCCUUGAUUCUGGAGAAAUAGAAAAAUACAGAGCUUCAAUCUGAAGUUAAAUAAUUGUCUAAAAAAUUAAAAAAAGCCUAAGCAACUAUUACAUAAUUAAAAUAAGAGUUGUUAGAAAAUGAUAAAUAUAAGGAAAACUUUCUCAAAAGUGAAUCAAUCCGACAAUAAUAAAAGGAGUUGAUUCAAUGUCUGAAAAAAGAAAUUGAUCAACUCAAAAGAAAAUGA